UUGCAGUCCACGCAAGGAACUGAUUGCGAUCGUCGCACAGUUUCACUGAAAGUUUCAAUCAGUGAGGAAAGUGAAGGCGCGACGUGGACAUAUCUCGCGAUACUACUUGCGAUCCUACAACCGAUGCUGGGCCUCAGGAAUCUCAUCUGGCGGCGCAACUUCGUCUUGGACAUCCUUGCUUAAAAACUGCUACAGGAAAGAGAGGCUAAACCUUAGCUAUAAGUCGACGAUGGCGCAACUCAAGGUAGCUAUCAUCGGACAGAGUCCGUUCGCGGCGGAAGUCUACAAACUUUUACGACAGAAUGGACAUCAGGUGACCGGAGUGUUCACGAUUCCGGAUAAGGGAAACCGCGAGGAUCCUCUAGCUACCACUGCCAAGGCCGACAACACGCCGGUCUUCAAGAUCAAGGCCUGGAGGAGCAAGGGAAUGACCUUGCCGGAAAUCCUGGAGCUGUACAAGGGCAUCGAGGUGGACCUUAACAUUCUACCCUUCUGCAGCCAGUACAUCCCUAUGGAGGUUAUUAAUCAUCCCCGUCACCGUAGCAUAUGUUACCAUCCGUCCUUAUUGCCCAGGCACAGAGGAGCGAGUGCUAUAAGCUGGACCUUAAUUCAAGGGGACAGUACCGCGGGAUUUUCCAUUUUCUGGGCGGACGACGGCCUGGACACCGGGCCUGUUCUGCUCCAGAGAUCCUGCAAAGUGGAGCCGAACGACACGGUGGACAGCCUGUACAACAAUUUCCUUUAUCCCGAGGGCAUCAAAGCCAUGGGCGAGGCGGUGGACCUCGUCGCUAAGGGGACCGCGCCGAUGGUGCCGCAGCCAGCGGAGGGCGCGACUUACGAUCCUCUGUUGAACAAGAAGGAACUCCAGAAGAUCGACUGGACCAAGCCGGCGAAGGAGAUUCACAAUUUUAUUCGUGGUCUGGACAGCACACCGGGCGCUUGGACGACGCUGGACGGCGAGGAAGUGCGUCUCUUCGGUUCAGCCCUGUGGAGCGACAAGCAACCGGAAGCCGAGAAGACGAUCAAUCUCGAUGAGGAACGAACGGGAAUUAUUCAUCAGGGCGGCUUGUUGAUCCGGGCCGUCGACGGACAGUUCGUUAAUGUGGAGAGAAUAAAAGUCGGAACUAAGACCGUUCACGCCAGCAAAUAUGGGCAAGCCAACGACAGCAAGGUCGUGGAAUUCACGGAAGAGGAAUUGAAGACUGUCGACGGUCUGCGCAAAAUUUGGGCGGACAUACUCAGACUCGAUGUCGACGACGAUACAGAUUUCUUUGCUUCCGGUGGAGGCAGCAUGGACGUGGUGCGACUGGUCGAGGAAGUCAAAGAUAACUUCGGCGUUAGUCUGCAGAACAUCGAUGUCUUCAUGGCGCCGGUCUUCAAGGAGUUCGCCACGACAGUUGUACUCGCUGCUCGGGGAAACCUAGCCGGGAAAGAGAUCAAGUACGACGCGGUGGAGAUACAGACGAACAACAUGACUCUGAGAUUCCCCAGGCAGAUCUUCAUCGACGGCGAGUUUGUCAACGGCCACGGCAAACCCGUCAACACGGUGAAUCCUCACGACGAAAGCGUGAUCUGCUCGGUGGAAAGCGCGACCGCCGAGGACGUCGACCGAGCCGUCAGGGCCGCGAAAAAAGCCUUCGAGGAGGGUGAAUGGGGCAAGAUCAGUGCCAGGGAACGUGGAGCGUUGUUGUUCAGAUUGGCGGAUUUGAUGGAGGAGCACAAGGAGGAGCUGGCCACUCUGGAGACUCUCGACUCCGGCGCGGUCUACACUCUCGCUCUGAAGACCCACGUGGGCAUGUCUAUCGAGACCUGGCGCUACUUCGCCGGCUGGUGCGACAAGAUCCAGGGCUCGACCAUACCCAUCUCGCACGCACGCCCGAACCGGAAUCUCACGUUCACGCGGCGCGAGCCGAUCGGCGUUUGCGGCCUGGUCACCCCCUGGAACUACCCGCUGAUGAUGCUGUCGUGGAAGAUGGCGGCCUGCCUGGCGGCCGGCAAUACCGUGGUGAUGAAGCCGGCCCAGGCGUCACCCCUGACAGCCCUGAAGUUCGCCGAGCUGUCCGCGCGCGCUGGAAUUCCGCCCGGCGUCAUCAACAUCGUCUGCGGAUUCGGCAGCGCCGUCGGGAACGCCAUAGUCGGGCAUCCGUUGAUCAGGAAGCUGGGCUUCACCGGUUCCACGCAGGUCGGCCAAACCAUCAUGAGAUGCUGCGCCGACAGCAAUCUGAAGAAGGUGUCGUUGGAACUUGGUGGUAAGAGUCCCCUCGUCAUCUUCGACGACGCCGACAUGCAGCAGGCGGUCAGGAUCGGCAUGAGCAGCGUGUUCUUCAAUAAGGGCGAAAACUGCAUCGCCGCCGGACGGCUGUUCGUCGAGGAGACCAUCCACGACGAGUUCGUGAGACGUGUGGUCGACGAGGUGAAGAAGAUCACCAUCGGCAAUCCGCUGGACAGGAGCACGGCCCACGGGCCGCAGAAUCACAAGGCUCAUCUGGACAAACUUCUCGAAUUCGUGCAGAGGGGCGUCGAGGAGGGCGCGAAGCUGGUCUACGGCGGCAGGAGGUUGGACCGUCCCGGCUGGUAUUUCGAGCCGACCGUGUUCACGGACGUCGAGGACAAUAUGUACAUCGCCCGGGAGGAGUCCUUCGGCCCGGUAAUGGUGAUCUCCAAGUUCAGCUCGAGAGACGCGGACCGGAUGAUCGCGCGGGCGAACAACACCGAAUUCGGCCUGGCCUCGGGGAUCCUCACCAGGGACAUCGGCAGGGCGCUGAGAUUUGCGGAGAGAAUCGAGGCCGGCACCGUGUUCAUCAACACGUACAACAAGACGGACGUGGCGGCGCCGUUUGGCGGCUUCAAGAUGUCCGGAUUCGGCAAGGAUCUGGGACAGGAGGCCCUUAAUGAGUAUCUCAAGACGAAAACGGUCACCAUCGAGUACUGACGAUUUCAUUAUACAAUCGAGAGUACAGAGAGUUGUGAUAUCACGAAUGGGUGUAAUGAUGCGUGUCGUCGCGUAAAAACGCGACGAAGCAUACUUUAUAUCAAGCCUGU